GCAAAAGAAAGUGCCUUGUGAAACGGACUGUGGAAGACUUCUAGUCUGAAUCCAACCAACAGCUAUUACAAAUUUAAAAGAAGCAAAAAUCAGUAUUAUUUACAUAACAAAUAAACAUUUAUGGUUUAAUAAACCACUAAAGCAUUUGAACACAAAAUGACAGUAUACUAUCUUGAAUUCUAUAAUUUAAUACUAAUGCAAAACGAUUGUAAGCAAAUAACCAGAACCAGGUAAAAUAUUUGCGAUGUAUCUUGUCCACAAAGCAACAAUACAUCCAUUAGUGGAUGUCAUCGUGCGUGCAAAAAACAAAAGACGACUCGAAGAGAUAAAAUAGCUCACGCACCCGAAUCGCCGCAUACCAGUUGCUUGCCAACCCUCCUCCAAGAUGGUUGUCCUCAUCAUAAUCUUACUACCCUACUUUACCCUCGCGGAACACUCAGGAGCCUACUCCUCACCGCAGUACGCGAAGAAGAUGUUUCCGAAGCAUUACGACGCUGUCUUACCGAAGGAGAGCCCAGCGCUGUUCAAAAGUGAAACAAUUGACAGAUUUGACAAUGACUUUAAUGAAACAUAUCGAGCGUCUUUUUUGAAUUCAGCGGGGAGUUUCUUGAGCGGGGCUGGGGGGCAGGUCGUUUCUAGCCUGGCGAAGGAUUUCAUAGCGCGAUCAACAGGCACCAGUCAGGUUGGUUUUGACUGCAUUACGCAGGUACUUAGUUUGAACCUCACCAACCUGGUUAUUCUGAUUGUGCUUAAAGCCUUAGUACUUGCUGCGGGCUUCUUUGGAGCCGGCGCUUGGAAGGGUCACCACUACGCAAGAAGUUUUGAAGAUAAUAAAAACGCAUCCUAUAUCACAGAAGAUGAAAUUCUUCUGUACCUAAGUUACCUUGUUGGACAACAAUCACAAGACUACGGCUGUUUAUACCGUCUCUCUUGCCAACGGCCGGAACAGGCUGCCAUCUAUGCGUCGGGAGCUGAACUUUUGUUGCAGGGAACCAAACUCAUACAAGGGAACAGCAUUGAUUUGGAACCAUACGAAGACGUAUCCAGAGAUAUUCAACAGGCAGCCGCAUUAGGCCAACAAGGAGUUUCCUGUGACAGAUACCAGUGUACUUAGGUCCUCACUAGGUUCCAUAGGAUCACGGCCCUGAAAAAAUAUGAAAAUUAAUUCCACUCCAUUGUAAUUAAAUGCGUUCUAUUUAAAACUUAUUGUUACGAGUUUAGUACUAAUUAAAUACUUUUAAUUUA